UAAGCGGUAACCAAGUAUAUAAACAGAAUCCCUCCACCAUUCUACUUGAACUUGAUAAGCCCCACAAUUUAGACACCAAGAAAAUGGGAAGAUCACCCUGCUGUGAUAAGAUUGGAUUGAAGAAAGGACCAUGGACCUCCGAAGAAGAUCAGAAGCUCUUGGCUUACAUUCAAGAAUAUGGCUAUGGCAGCUGGAGAGCUUUGCCUUCAAAAGCUGGGCUGCAGAGAUGUGGAAAGAGUUGCAGAUUAAGGUGGAUAAACUAUCUUAGACCAGAUAUCAAGAGAGGAAAGUUCAGUCUUCAAGAAGAACAGACCAUCAUUCAGCUUCAUGCUCUCUUGGGUAACAGAUGGUCCGCCAUAGCCGCUCAUUUACCAAAGAGAACCGAUAAUGAAAUCAAGAACUACUGGAAUACCCAUCUUAAAAAACGGUUAAUCAAAAUGGGGAUUGAUCCGGUGAACCACAAGCCAAAAAACGAUACCCUUUUGUCCAACGACGGCCACACAAAAAGCCAUGCUAAUUUGAGCCACAUGGCUCAAUGGGAGAGUGCCCGGCUAGAAGCCGAAGCCAGAUUGGCAAAGCAAUCAAAGAUCCGGUCCAUGACCCAACUCCCAAACAAAAUUAUGUUGUCACUAGCCUCUACAUCUAAGCCACCUCCAAGAUACCUUGAUAUACAAAAGACAUUGAAUGGGAUUUUGGAUCGCAGAGGAGAUUCAGAAUCAUCAUCAUUCACAUCAACAACCAGAUUCAACGGUGGCACAACCGGAUUCAACUGUGGCAACAAUUCAAUGGGGUCUUGCAAUGAAGAACUUGUAUGUGAAGGAUGUGAAGAAGUUGGGGAUUAUAAAGAUGAUGAGAAUGGAAUGGGGUUUAAUGAAUUUAGUAUAGAUAACAUAUGGACAACUGAGCCAUUAAAAUCAAGCAACAACAACCAAGAUGUCAAUUUCUUGGAGCAUUUUACAGAACUUCUGUUAAGCAGCUCAAACUUUACCAAAUUUGACCAUCUAGAUACUGGUUUUGGUUGCAAUGGACCUACUGAAAAUAGCAAGGACUGCUCCGAAGACAAAAACAAGGAUUACUGGGAUAACAUUCUUAAUCUGGCAAAUUCUUCAUCAUCUGACUCUCUUAUAGAUCUGUAAGGUGUUUGAAAGCGUUUAUUUAAAUAAAAAUACAUAGAUCUGUAGGAUUUUGGUCUACAAGAAAAUGCAAUUCAUAUGAAUUCAGCUUC